GUUUAAAUAAAAAGUAGCAUGUUUAUGGCAGGAAAUGCCUCCCAGUGGGUAAAUUUUCAUACCUCUAAAAAAAGGUUGCAUGACUGACAAAAAGUUACUGUAGUGGGGAAACUUGGAAACAGCCAUUGCAAACCUUAAUCCCCAAACGUAUUGAUUAGAAAUGACUAGCUCAUGCAACCUUAGUGGUGUUUGCUUUACAUUAUCUGAAGGAAGAGAACUUGUGUCACGGGGGUCAUUGACAAUACCAACACAAGUCGAUCUUCCAGAUUUACCUUAGCUCACAACAAACUUGUUUCUACCCAGCCUCUGCUUUGUGUCUCCCGUCUGCCUGUGGCUCUGUAAACUUGUGAUGUGGGACAUCCUAGAUGGUGCUAGCUAGGCACAGGAUCAUGGCUCCUUUAGGAUGAAUGGUCCUCUCCUGUCUGGAUAAGGCAUUGUCAGAAUCCCCUGGGCUAAUUCAUUUGACUCACCCAACAUAUACUUUGAAAUCUGUGUUUUCUUAUUUCUCAUCUUAUUAUUUCCCUCACCUGAUUUUCAUUUUUUAGUUGAUUUAAAAUGCAAUUAGUAAGCACUGGUUUACACAACCAUGUCACCUGUGUGCUCUCAUCUGUUGGCCCCUGAAAUGACAAGCUUCACCUUGCUGUAAUGAGUGAUUAUUGUUAGAUGUAGCAUCACCCUCAGGAUCAUUGUGCACUCUGGUGACAUGGCUUGAUUAUUUUAAUCUAAUAGUGGCAUAACAAAAAUAUGCCCCUUAUAUCAAGAAUCUUAGCUGCCGGAAUCAGCAUCGGUCUGUGGCUCUGCAGUGAUACCCAUGUGUUGGGUGGCUCCAACACAUGCUACCAGCUAGUCAGAAGCAGAGGCUUCUGCUGGUGCUCUCUAUCAAGUGACAGCUUGGGCAGAUUGUGCUCAGAAACUGUACCUACCAGCCUCAUCACAAGGAAGUACUGCCUCAGCCAUCCUUUCUUCACAAAUUCUAUGAUCCAGCUUGCUGAUGAAGUUUUCCAGGUGAGAAGAGGGGAUGGAUGGCUGCAAGUUGUUAUAGAAUAUGAUGCAGUAAAUAUAUUCAUGGUAAUUUUCAUACAGACUUUUCCAUAUCCAAGUUUUGUACUAUUGUAAGCAAGGUAAGGUUUCUUGAAAGUUUAUCUGCUAUAUAGGGACUUCAAGCCAUUAAAAAAGGACUCAUAAGAAAUAUUUACGUUUGGCAGGUUAUCAGUAAUGUUGAAAUGAAAAGUUGCAUAUCUGCUACAUAAGGACUUGAUCAGCCUUU